GGCAUUGUUUACCGAAUAUUUCUGUCGCAUGGUUACAAUAUCUCGUUCCCUUUCAAAUGUGCGCCAGAGGUGAUUUGCAGUUAAACGGUGGAAGAAGGCACGAUGGCUGCGGUGUUCAUCUGUAUAUUGGUGGGCCUUUCUUUGGCUUCUGGAGAAAUUACACAGCUGCAGAUGACCAACUGUGGUUCGAGUAGUGACAUCCAAAUUCGACAGGUGUCCGUAACCCCUAUGCCGAUCCAAGUCCCGGGAGAUAUCCACCUUUCAGUUGAUGGCAGUCUGACAAAUUCCAUAGGAAGCUCUAAAAUGACCCUCUCCAUACACAGAAAAACAUUUUUAGGCCUGGAAGUUCCAAUUCCUUGUCUUCUGCAUGUGGGUUCCUGUACAUACAACGAUCUCUGCACAAUGGUUGACCAAAUGAUAACGGAGAACUGGGCAGGGAUAAUGGGGGGUAUAGGCCAACAAGUCAACACUAUGCUGAGUAGCGUGGGAGUUAAUGCCAGCCAAUGUCCACAGACUCCUAAAGAACUUCACAUCACCGACUACACCAUCACAAUCCCCACGAUUCCAUCCAUUCUCAGUUGGUUUGCAGCGGGCGAUUACCAUGUCAAUGUUAAAGUGAACGAGAAUUCUACUGGUAGACUGUUGCUGUGCCUGGACCUCCAGCUCUCAGUAACAGAGCACAAAGACCCAGGCAGUUCAGGCUGGCUGUUAGGUAGACGGAAGAGAAGAUCUCAGCACCGAAAAUAAUCAAGCCAAGAUAAAAAGGAUCUAUGUUAUCAUUAAUAUUGGUUGGCAAUUUACUUGUUAUAUAGGAACUUGCAGUGAUUCUUGAAUAAAAAUUACUCUUUUGGUAUAA